AAUACGGUUGAGAGUCCAGGAAAAUUUUGUAAAAUACAGGUAGAUCCAGUGAAAUAAUUCUAUUACGUGAUCAAGAAGUUAACAACAUACACAAUGCCGAAAAACAUGCUAAAGGAACUAGUCAAGUGCAAACAUCCCCAAAGUCGGAAAACAUUGGCGCUGGCCAGGAAAGUGAAAAAAAUUAACAACCGCGAGAAGAAGAAGAUGGGUCACGCCGUUAAGGCCAACAUAGUGGGCAAAAAGCUGGGCUGGUUUGCAGAACACCUGGAAGACCGAAAGGAACCGUUGAAUAGUGAGGAAUUUGAACAGCUGAUAGACACAUAUCUUGCACGUUUUGAGGAGGAAUUGGAGCAGAUCAAACUGGUUCAGUCAAUCAGUAAACAACGGAACAAUCAGCACGCGUCCCGUGAGGCAACCAUAAAGAUAACACUGGAAAAGGAACUGGAGAAUUUCAACGGCGGUGGUCUGGAGUUGCCCAAUCUUUCCGAUGCGCUCGAAUUUAAAAAGUUUCAGCAAUGGGAUGGAAACGCGCAGACAGUUCAACAUCUGAAGUUGCAUUUUAUUUCUCGUAAGCAGCUACAAAUGAGAAAGAGUAACGAUUCUAGCACAAAUAAUGAACAUAUGGCAACGGAAUAGAAAUCAAA